UUGAUCGGCAGGAAAUUCAGUGAUCCAUGUGUUAAGAGCGACAUAAAACUUUGGCCAUUUACAGUUUGUGGUGCGGGUGACAGGCCUAUGGUUGUGGUAAACUACAAGAAUCAGAAGAUGCAAUUCGCCCCAGAAGAGAUAUCUGCAAUGGUUCUCAUAAAGAUGCGAGAAACUGCUGAGGCGUACCUUGGGAUGACAGUCAAUGAUGUUGUUGUAACAGUCCCAGCAUACUUCAAUAACUUUCAGCGACAGGCUACAAAAGAUGCUGCUAUGGUAGCACGCAUGAAUGUGAUGCGUUUACUUAAUGAGCCAACAGCUGCAGCUAUUGCAUAUGGUCUUGAAAAAAAGGCCACUACUAAUAAUGUUCUCAUCUUCGAUCUUGGUGGUGGUACCUUUGAUGUUUCCAUAGUUAAAAUUGAAGACGAGAUUUUUGAGGUGAAAGCUACUGGGGGAGAUACACAUCUUGGGGGUGAGGAUUUUGACAAUAGAAUGGUGAGCUAUUUUUUAGAGGAGUUUGAGAAGAAACACAAGAAGAACUGUAGUCAUGACCCCAAAGCAAUGAGAAGAUUGAGAACAUCUUGUGAGAGAGCAAAAAGGACUCUUUCUUCAACUACUGAAACCAUAAUUGAGAUUGAUUCUUUAUUUGACGGUAUCGAUUUCCACUCUAAAUUGACAAGAGCAAAAUUUGAAGAGCUGAACAUAGAUCUCUUUAAUAAAUGUAUGGAGGCGGUGGAGAAUUGUGUGACGGAUGCCAAAAUGGAUAGGAAUAAUAUUCACGUUAUUGUUCUUGUUGGUGGAUCUAGUAGAAUUCCCAAGAUACAACAACUAUUGCAAGAUCUCUUUGAUGGUAAGGUUCUAUGCAAGAGCAUUAACCCUGAUGAAGCAGUUGCAUAUGGUGCUGCGGUACAAGCUGCAGUUUUGCGAGGUGGUAUUGAGAAAGUGCAGGACUUAUUAUUGUUAGAUGUGACUUCACGUUCUAUUGGAUUAGAGCUUGAAAGUGGGGAAUUUGACAUUUUCAUUCCAAAACACAGUACCAUUCCCACCAAAAAAAUAAUGUUUUACACGACUAUCAUACCAAAACAAACCGGUUUAAUACUUCCUGUGUAUGAGGGCGAAGAAAGAAUUGCCAAAGAAAACAGAUUGUUGGGUGAAUUUGUACUAGACGGAAUCCCUCCUGGUCCAAAAGGUAAACCUCUCUUCGUUGUCUGUUAUGAGAUUGAUAUCAAUGGCAUUUUGAUUGUCACUGCUGAGGAAAAGAAGCUUCGUCUUAAGAACAGGAUUAUAAUAAGUGGGUUAUCAUUUAAAGUGGAAAUUGAGAAGAUGAUCAAGAAAGUAGAAAAGUGCAAGUUAUUGGAGGAGGAAUAUAACAAAAAAGUAGAGGCUAAGCUUGCAUUGGAAGACUUUCCAUAUGAAGUCAGCCGCAGAGGCUAGGGUUUGCAAGCUGUAGUCUGCUCCGAUCUCGUUGUUGAAUCGGACGGCACCAGCGCUUGAUCCAGCUUUGUUAGUGACUGUGUAGUCAACUGCAUGCGCGGCGUGAAG